CUUGGGUUAACUUCCCUUCUUUCUGUGCUGGAAAGACCAUAAUUUUCAGUAUUUUUGCAAAUUUAGACUACAUUGUAAAACCACCAAUUCAAAUUUUACCACCACUUUUAAACAUUUACUCAUAAAAUACCACAGGCUACUGAGCUAUUUUCAAAGAAUUAAAACUGGCAGGCUGAGAUAUAGACAACUGGGCAAUAGAUUUUGUAUCAAUAGGGAGCAUGGGAGAUGAAGGUGUGUGUGUAAGUUUGUGUAUGGAUGUGAAACUAUCCUCCUUUCUCGCCUUUCCCCUCUUUCUACUUUCCUCCCUUUCCCUCGCCUUCACUCUAUCUCCCUCACCCCUUUUUCCCGUAAGGUGCUGGAUUUGGGGGUCAGAGGACUCAGGUUCCUUUUUCAGUUCUGUCAAAUACCUGUGUGGCCUUAGGAAAGUAAUUUGCCUGGCCUGGGUCUCAGUUUUCUUUUCUAUAAGAUGAUAGGGUUGGACUACAUGGCUUCUAAGGUUCUUUCUGGCUCUAAAUUUAUGAUUCUGGAUCUCUGAUUCUUUUAUGCCUUCUUUUUCUGUGUUUCUCUUGGUCUCCACUUGUCCUUAUUUCUUUCCCUGCACCCCCAAACCUUUCCCCCCUUUUCCCUCUCCAUUCCCUUCUCCCACACCUGCCUUUCCAUCUCUUUCUCCAAGUCCUGUCAUAUUGUGGGAAGAUUUCUGCCUCCCACUUUUCCUGAUUUCUGUUUGUGGAAGCUCUAGGGAAAGAUGGCAGUAGCUAUCUCCUGUCCCCUCAGGUGAGACCUCAGGGGGAGGGGCCCAGAGAGGGUAUGUGGCACCCUGGCACAUCCACAACAUAGGGCUGCAAAGGGAGGUGGAGGCAGGGCUCGGGCUGGGCAGGUCAGGGCUCCAUUUGGGUCAGGAAGGUUCAGGCUGACCUGUCAUGUACUCUGGUGACCCUAAGAAUCAGCUCCAGGGCCGGGAGUUCAGCUGUUAUCAGUGUGCUUUUUAUAGCCCAAGGUAGGACAUGGAAAACAGGUAAUGAAGGGAGGGAACAGAGAGCCAGGAAGAGCCAGAGAGCGGAGCCAGCAGCAGCGAGGGUCCUGGAGGUGGGGACGAGCAGCGGCGGGAGCAGCGGCAGGAGCUGGAGACGUCGCAGGGACUUUGGGAUCCAAUUACCCGGAGAUGCCCUGUGUGCCAUGGGCGGGAGAUGGGGGGCGGGGUGAGGUCAGGGAGCAGGAAGGGAUCUGGGAAGGCAGAGAGGCCUAGGAGGCGGAGCUGCUGUUAGUCACCUGCAAGAGCUGGAGCUGGGUGUGGGGUGGGAAGGGAGGAGGAGGUCGAGGGAGGGAGGAGCCUUGCUCCUGGAAGGGGUUUAAAGGCUGCACCCCAGGGUGCAAAGCGGACAGAGCUCCGGCCAUGGAUUCCGUGUGGCUCCUCCUUCUGACCGCCCUUCUGGGGCUGCUGGUCCUCUUGGCCCGGGGUCCCCCCGCUUCCCGGAGAGGCCGCCUCCCCCCAGGUCCACGACCUUUGCUUUUACUGGGCAACGUGCUGCAGAUGGACCGUCGUGGCCUCCUGAAAUCCUUUCUGGCGCUUCGGGACAAGUAUGGGGAUGUAUUUACCGUCUAUCUGGGUUGCCGACCUGUGGUUGUGCUAUGUGGGCCCGAGGCUGUGAAGGAGGCCCUGGUGAAGAAAGCUGAGGAGUUCAGUGGCCGAGGACCCAUCGCCAUGGUUGACUCAGUCUUCCAGGGGCAGGGGAUUACCUUUGCUAAUGAUCAUACAUGGAAGACCUUGCGUCAAUUUUCUCUGGCCACUCUUUGGGAUUUCGGAAUGGGGAAGAGAAGCAUUGAGGAACGGACCCAAGAGGAGGCUCAAUGCCUGGUUGAGGAGCUGCAGAAAUCCCAGGGAGCCCUUUUGGACCCCACCUUCCUCUUCCACUCCAUCGCAGCCAACAUCAUCUGUUUCAUUAUGUUUGGUGAACGUUUCUCCUAUCAUGAUGACCUGUUCCACGAGCUGCUGAGCAAGUUCAAUGACAUGUUUGCCCUUGCCAGCUCUGCCUGGGGCCAACUAUUUGAGCUAUUUUCAGGUUUCCUGAAGUUCUUUCCUGGUCCCCAUCGGUGUGCCCACAACAAUCUGACAUUCAUCAGUGCCUUCAUUGCUGACAGUGUGGAGAAGCACAAAGAGAGCCUGGACCCCAGUACCCCCCGAGACUUCAUUGAUGUGUAUUUGCUCCAUAUGGAGAAGGAAAAGGGAGACCCUAAAUCUGAGUUCCACUACAAAAACCUCAUCAUCACUGUCCUGUCAUUAUUCUUUGGGGGUACUGAGACAACCAGCACCACCUUGCGUUAUGGCUGCCUCCUGCUCCUCAAAUACCCUUGGGUGGCCAAGAAAGUCCAAGAAGAGAUUGACCAGGUGAUUGGGAAGAACCGUUCUCCAGAGCUUAAAGAUAGAGCCCAAAUGCCCUACACAGAUGCUGUGAUCCAUGAGAUCCAGAGAUUUAGUGAUCUUCUCCCUAUGAGUAUACCCCAUUGUGUGACCCAGGACACCUCCUUCAGGGGCUACCUCAUUCCCAAGGGCACUGAAGUGUACCCUCUCCUGAGCACAGUACUGCAUGAUCCCAAGUACUUUGAGAAGCCUUAUGACUUUGACCCCAAUCAUUUCUUGGAUGCUCAAGGAUCUCUGAAGAAGAGUGAGGCUUUUAUUCCCUUUUCUUCAGGAAAGCGAGUCUGCCUGGGUGAGGGUAUUGCCCGGAUGGAGCUUUUCCUCUUCCUCACCACCAUCCUACAGAAUUUCUCCCUGAGGUCCUCCAUGGUUCCUGCCAGCAUUGACCUCACUCCCAGGGAGAGUGGAGUGGGUACUGUGCCUCCCAUCUACCAGCUUCAAUUCCUCCCUCGCUGAAGGGAGCCAAGGCAUGGAGAGGCAGUCACAAGUCCAGCCUCUCUAUUGUCACCAAACAUUCCAUUUCAGAGGUCAACCAGAAUGAACAGGGCCUGGAGGGGAUGCAGCACCACUUUCCACCCUCAGAUGAGGAAAUCAUGAGCAGAGAGAGGGAUAGAAGUAAAUUCAGUUUCCUCAUCGGUUGCCUUUGAAAUCUCUUUCAAAUCAAGAUCAAUAAUGAUCCUAAUGUUCCUAGUAAAUGACCCGAAUUUCCUCUUUCCCUGAAGGUUCUUCCUGUAUUCUGAUCUCUUUGUUACAUGCUGUAUAUUCAGCUUAUCUCAUAAGAGGAAGUCAGAAUCACCUUUAAUUGUGUGAUCAUGAAACUUCUGUCCUAGGAGAGGGGUUCAAAGAAUAUGAUGACAAAGAAAAUAGUGGUGAAUUUGGGAUCAGGAAGACCUGAUUUCAAAUCCUGUGACACUGAUUUUCUGAGUCUUACAAGCAAGAAGUCCUUUUAAUUUUCGCACCUCUGCAAAUGGAAGAUAACAUCAUGGGUAAUGAUAUCACAUAGAUAUUUCUGAAACUCAACUGAGAUUAUGCAAGAAAAGCAUCAUGAUUUUUUUAAUGGGAACUUUGAUUUUGGGGAUGGAGGGAACACCUGAUACAAUCUACCUCUGCUCUUAGUAAAUGGUCUCAGGGAGUUGCAGGAGCAACAUUAGCUGCAGUGAUUUGUCGGGUAUGAGUCUGUCACAGAUGAACCUUGAACCUGUGUCUUCUGGUCUCUGGGGCCAGCUCUGUAGCCAUUCUGCUUUUCAAUCUUCCUGAGUGCUAAGCAAGCAUCUGCUACCAGAUAUUCUGCAUCAGAAGGAACCUUGGAAAGUGGAGUGUGGAAGCGUUUUCUGUUCAUUGUUGGAGGAGUUGUUCCUUUAGAAAUGAACUUCUCCAAUCUACUCAUUUGACUUUGAUUCACUUUAAGAAGUGAUCAUGAAGCACCUUCUGUAUGGAUAGCAAUUUCUUAGACACUGGGCAAACAAAGAGAUUGUUUUUUUUUUCCAUAUUGUACUCUUUAAAUAAAGUAUUUAAAAAUAAUUGACAGUUUUUGGCUUUGUAGCCUAGUCAUUUCUGAAUAUUGUCCCCCUUUCCCUGCUCUCACAAACAUUUCCUUAAAACAAAGGAAAACAUUUAAUUAAAAUCAGGAGUCACAAGGUUCAUGUCUGUGACAUUACACACAAAGGAUCCUGUGAUUUUUCCCCAGAAUGAGAGUGGGUAUAUCCCAGUCUCCUCUUCAGGAGGCGAUAGUGGGAAGAACUUUGGUUCUUCAUGUUGCAUCCAUGACUUUAGAGGAGUUAUUUCAUUUUCUUGGGUUUCAGUUUCCUUAUAUGUAAAGUGAGGUUUGGAUUAGAUGAUUUCAAAGUCCCUUUCAGCUCUAGCUCUGUGAUACCAUCAUAUAGAAUCUAUGAUCCUACAUUUUCUAGGGAUGAGGAAACAGGACCAGGGAGGAGAAGGAAUUUGUUUAAAGUCACUCAGUAGCAGUACCAGGGUUACAGGUAGGGUUUUCUAACUCUCAGCUUCAGGUAUCUCCUAUCUCUCAGGGUAGAGAACCUGGCUGUUCCUGUCCCUCCUCCAUAGCUUUAAGUCUCUCUGUGCACCUUCUCAGUUCUUGCUAUGUGACUGAAUUAUGGGACAUGUCUAUGUGCUUCUGUACUCGUGUCCAGGUAGAUUUCUGAGCUUUACCCUUUGAAAUCUGAAGAACCCACUUCUUCCAUAGAAUUAGUGGGCUGCUGUGGGGUUAGUAAGGAGGAGAAGACAAACCAGGAAAACUGUUUCCAACCAAUAUACCCAGCUCAAUCAUGAUUCUGUAUUUCUUGGUGUGCUUUUUUGGAAGCCAAGUUGGGCAGGAAUAAGAAUUGUUCUUAGAUGGGGUGAGGGUAGGGGUUUCCCAGGGAAAGGUUGAGUCUCUUCUUUAAACUGGGUAAAGGGCAUUUUCAAGGGCUCUUUCUUUUCUUUCCCAAUUCUGCCCCCCAAUAUCCCACUCGGAAUCUACCUACCAUUUCCAUUUCUGCUGUUCUUUCUGGAAUAUUGGUGACAUAAUUAAUAAACUUGUUUUCACCUUACUUUUUGUUGUUUCUCAUUCUUUCCAUCUUCUGGUCUCACUGUGCCUUUGCUUAGUUCUGAUGACAAAGCUUCUCUGCUUACUUUUUCCUGUAUUUUUCUAUAUUCUACAUUUAUAUUCCCUGGUCUACUUUCACAGAGUUCAUGAACUCUAAAAUUCCUUUAUCUGUUGAUACAUAUAGUACACUCUCUUGAUGUGAAUAGCAUUUACCAUCACAUGUCUAUUGGAACUAUCUUGGAUAACUGUACUGCUGGGAAGAACUAAGUCUACCAUUGUUGACCAUCACACAAUCUUGUUGCACUGAUACUAUGUAUGAUGUUUUCCUGGUU